AUGGACCUCACCAAGCUGCUGAACAGAGAAGAAUCUCAACAGGUGAAGAGACGGCCGCUUGGAUCGUUGAGUACCAACGAAUCGACAAGCAGAGGGCUCAAGAAUGAUUCACAACCGAGGAUGCCCGUCAGAUUGGUUAGGCUGGACAAGGAGAAUGAUGUUCCAGCGUCUCUCAAGAAGGCUAUAACGCUCCCUCCAAUAUCACAGGUCACAAAGAAUAUCCGGAUGCCGGGGCCUCAGUUCCCUGAGGUGCCGACUGGUCCAAGGCAAAGUUCAAGUGGCGGUCCACUACACUUCAACAAGAGCAGUUCUGUAACGAACCGUACUACGAGUGGAUACCUCUACAGUGUUCAGAAUUCCAAGAAUAGCUCCGAUGCGCAGUUCUUCAAGAUCAACUCGUCCGGUGAUUUCCAGAAGUUCAAGACAAAGCCUAGUGCCUCUACCCCGGUUAAACAGCAGGAGGGCACCGUUGUGCCGUUGUCUUCUUCCAAGAAAGCUCACAAGCUCGGUUCAAAGACUUCACCGGAUAAACCUUCCAAACGUAACAUCAUUUGGUGCAAUGAGGCUAGUCUGAUUGCGGCACAAGAAUUCAAAAAGAUCUACCAGCGUAAGGGAAGUUCCUCAUUUUUGAAAAAAGAGUAUCAAAUGGUUGCCCAAGUGUUGAAUACCAAGCUGUCCACUGAUAAGUACACUGAGACUGCAGUGAGGAAUAGGAAAGGGCUGUUUCAAUCGCUUUCCUCUAUUUACGUCUAUCUCAAGGAGACCCCUCAAUUGAACAAAUUUGACGACAAAUACGUUCCACAGUUGACCCAGGAACAAUGGCGCCACCUUAGUAAUGAGUUUGAACCUUCAUACGUACGGAAAUACCGUGCCAAAAGCGAUAAUACUGAUAUCCAUAUCACGCAUGACAUGUUCAAGAAGAAAUCCAUAAGGGUGGAGAACAUACGGCAUUUAAACGUGGAACAAUCGCUCAAAGGCGUUUGUCAAAUACUGCUAAUGAACAAGGAGAUCACUCCUUUAAGGGCAAUGGCCCUAGAGCUGUUUGAUAGAGACCAUCAGGAGUUGAACUUGGGCUCGACUUUACUAUCAAUGAAGCACGAAGAAGUGGUCAAGUUUGUUUAUACCAAGGUGGAUCUUUCUAUCUACGAGGAGCAUCUAAAAGCUCAACAACUACUGUGCAGUGUAAAGAGAUAG